CCUCCUAGAGCUCCUCACCACCAGUUGGGAUGCUGGUCAGAAUGAGCAAGAGGCACAUCAGCGUGGGUCAGCAAACAUGGGCCCUUCUCUGCAAGAAUUUUCUUAAAAAAUGGAGGAUGAAGAGAGAAACCUUCUUGGAAUGGUUUUUCUCAUUGCUCCUGGUGUUAUUUGCAUACCUGUUUUCUUCCACUAUACAUUACACUGAUAACUUUCCUCAGAUACCGGCAAUAUAUCUGGGACGUGUAGAUCAUUUUAAUGAUUCUGAUUAUGUUAUUGCAUUUGCACCUGAAUCCAAAACUACCUGGGAGAUCAUGAACAAAGUAGCUUCAGCCCCAUUUAUGAAAGGAAGGACAAUCAUGGGGUGGCCUGAUGAGGAAAGCAUGAAUGCAUUGGAUUUAAACUAUUCUAUAGAUGCAGUGAGAGUCAUCUUUAACAAUAACUUCUCAUAUCAUUUAAAGUUUUUCUGGGGAGGUAGAAUUCCCAAGAUGAAGGAACACAGAGACCAUUUAGCUCAUUGUCAACCAUCAUAUGAAAAAGUCACCUGUGAAGGUUCACUGUUCUGGAAGAAAGGCUUUAUAGCUUUUCAAGCUGCCAUUAAUGCCGCUAUCAUAGAAAUCACAACAAAUCACUCGGUGAUGGAAGAGCUCAUGUCAGUCACUGGUUUAAAUAUGAAGAUAUUAUCUUUUGUUGCCCAAGCAGGGGUUGGGACUGAUAUUUUCAUUUUCUUCUGCAUUAUUUCUUUUUCUACGUUCAUCUACUAUGUAUCAGUCAAUGUUGCCAAAGAAAGACAAUACAUUAAGUCAUUGAUGACCAUGAUGGGGCUUCGAGAGUCAGCAUUCUGGCUCUCCUGGAGUGUGAUGUACGCUGGCUUCGUCUUUAUUAUGGCGAUUCUGAUGGCUCUUGUUGUAAAAUCUACCCAUGCUGUCGUCUUCACUAGCUUUGUGGUGGUCUUCAUGCUCAUUCUCCUCUAUGGCUUGUCUUUGAUAACUUUAGCUUUCAUGAUGAGCGUCCUGGUAAAGAAACCAUUCCUUACCGGCCUUGUCGUCUUUCUGCUCACGGUCGUAUGGGGGAGCCUGGGUUUCACUGCAUUGUACAGGCAUCUCCCUGCCUUUUUGGAAUGGACCUUAUGUCUUCUUAGCCCCUUUGCUUUCACUGUUGGGAUGGCCCAGCUUAUACAUUUGGACUAUGAUGUGAAUGCUAACACCCAUUUGGACUCUUCAAGCAACCCAAACCUAAUAAUAGCUACUUGUUUCAUGUUGGUUUUUGAUACUUUUCUCUAUUUGGCAUUGACAUUAUAUUUUGACAAAGUUUUGCCCACUGAAUAUGGACAUCAACAUUCUCCCUGGUUUUUCCUGAAACCCUCUUUUUGGUUUCAACACCAAAGAGCUGACCACAUGGCCCUUGAGAAUGAAAUAGAUUCAGAUUCUUCAUCUAAUGACUCUUUUGAACCAGUGUCUCCAGAAUUCCAUGGGAAAGAAGCCAUCAGAAUAAAAAAUCUUAAAAAAGAAUAUAAAAAAGGAAAGCAUGAAAAAGUAGAAGCGUUGAAAGGUCUGGUAUUUGACAUAUAUGAAGGCCAGAUCACUGCACUCCUUGGUCACAGUGGAGCUGGGAAAACGACCUUGUUAAACAUACUCAGUGGAUUGUCGGAACCAACAUCAGGUUCGGUCGCCAUCUACAAUCACUCACUUUCGGAAACAGCUGACUUGGAGACUGUCAGCAGGCUCACUGGAGUCUGCCCCCAAUCCAAUGUGCAAUUCAGUUUCCUGACAGUGAGGGAAAAUCUCAGGCUCUUUGCCAAAAUAAAAGGAAUCCAGCCACAGGAAGUGGAAGGAGAGGUACAACGAGUUUUACGGGACUUGGAAAUGGAAAAUAUUCAAGACAUUCUUGCUCAAAAUUUAAGCGGUGGACAAAAAAGGAGACUAACUUUUGGAAUUGCCAUUUUAGGAGAUCCUCAGAUUUUGCUACUGGACGAACCAACCGCUGGAUCAGAUCCUCUCUCAAGGCACCGUGUGUGGAACCUUCUUAAAGAGAGGAAGUCAGACAGAGUCAUCCUCUUCAGCACCCAGUUCAUGGAUGAGGCUGACAUCCUGGCCGACCGAAAGGUGUUUAUAUCUAAUGGGAAGCUGAGGUGCGCAGGCUCUUCUCUCUUCCUGAAGAAGAAAUGGGGCAUCGGCUACCAUUUAAGUUUGCAUUUGAAUGAAAUGUGUGAUCCAGACAAUAUAACAUCGCUUGUUAAACAGCACAUCCCUGAUGCCAAAUUAACAGCACAAAGUGAAGAAAAGCUUGUAUAUAUUUUGCCUUUGGAAAGGACAAGCAAAUUCCCAGACCUUUACAGGGAUCUUGAUAGAUGUUCUUACCAAGGCAUUGAGAAUUACGGUGUUUCCAUGACAACUUUGAAUGAGGUGUUCUUGAAACUAGAAGGAAAGUCAGCUAUUGAUGAAUCAGAUAUUGGAAUUUGGGCGCAGUUACAAAGUGACAGGACAAAAGAUACAGGAGGCCUUGUUGAGCUGGAACAAGUUUUGUCUUCCUUUAAUGAGACAAAGAAAGCAGCCAGUGGCAUGGCUCUCUGGAGGCAGCAGACCUGUGCAAUAGCGAAAGUUCGCUUCCUGAAGCUAAAGAAUGAAAAAAAAACUCUGAUGACCAUAUUACUGCUUUUGGGCAUUAGCCUUUUCCCUCAGCUCUUGGAAUAUCUGUUCUAUGAGAUAUAUCGAAAGAGUUAUUCAUGGGGACUGUCUCCCAGUAUGUACUUCCUCUCACCGGGACAGCCACCUCAAGCUCCUCUGACACACUUACUGGUCAUCAAUAAAACAGGGAAGAGCAUUGAAAACUUUAUACAUUCACUGAGGCAGCAGAACAUAGCUUUGGAAGUGGAUGCCUUUGGAAUUCGACGUGGUGCCAACGAGCCAUCAUACAACGGUGCUAUCACGGUGUUAGGUGAUGACAAGCACCAGAAGUUUUCAAUAGCAUGCAAUACCAAAAGGUUGAAUUGCUUCCCUGUCCUCAUGGACAUCAUUAGCAAUGGACUACUUGGAGUUUUUAAUUCUUCAGAACGCAUCCAGACAGACAGAAGCACGUAUUUUUCAGAGGCCAUGUCCGAGGAGUAUGAGUCCAUGAGCAAUGCCUUCUUCUGGAUACCUGGGGCGGCCUGUUUUACUCCUUUCAUUGCCAUGAGCAGCAUCGGUGACUAUAAAAAAAAAGCUUAUUCCCAGCUCCGGAUCUCAGGCCUCCACCCUUCUGCUUACUGGUUCGGGCAGGCGUUGGUGGAUGUCCCACUGAACUUCUUGAUCCUCCUUGUGAUGCAAAUAAUGGAUUACAUUUUUAACCCAGAUGAAAUGAUAGUUAUAAUCCAAAACUUGUUAAUUCAGAUCCUGUGUAGUAUUGGAUAUGUCACAUCUCUUAUUAUCUUGACAUAUGUGAUUUCAUUCAUUUUUCGCAAUGGGAGGAAAAAUAGUGGCCUUUGGUCAUUUUUCUUCUUAAUUGUCACCAUCUUCUCGAUAGUUUCUACUGAAAUAAAUAAUUAUGGAUUUCUAGGGAUGUUAACCUGUACCAUAUUGAUACCACCUUUCACACUGAUUGGCUCUCUAUUAAUUAUCUCAAGGAUUUCUCCUGACUCGGUGGAAUAUUUAGGAGCUUCAGAGCAGUAUCUAAUUUAUCUGGCAUUGGUGAUACCUUACCUUCAAUCUUUCAUUUUCCUUUUCAUUCUUCGGUGUCUGGAGAUGAACUUUAGGAAGAAAUCGAUGAGAAAGGAUCCUAUAUUCAGAAUUUCGCCAAGAAGCAGUAAGUUUUUUCCAAACCCAGAGGAACCGGAAGGGGAGGAUGAAGAUGUUCAGAUGGAAAGAAUGAGAGCAGCGAAUGCUGUGACUAUCCCGGACUCUGAUGAGAAACCAGUCAUCAUCGCCAAUUGUCUCCGGAAGGAAUAUGUAGGCAAAAAGAAAAACUGCUUUGCCAAGAAGAAGAAGAAGAAAGUUGCCACAAGAAAUGUCUCUUUCUGUGUUAAAAAAGGUGAAGUUAUAGGUCUGUUAGGACACAAUGGAGCUGGUAAAAGCACAACCAUUAAGAUGAUAACUGGAGACUCAAAACCAACCGCAGGAGAGGUGAUUUUGAAAAGGAACAGCGGAGAAGAUGCCCUCAAGUUCCUGGGGUACUGCCCUCAGGAGAAUGCACUGUGGCCCAACCUGACAGUGAGGGAGCACCUGGACGUGUUCACAGCUGUGAAAGGGCUGAGGAAAGCGGAUGCCUCAGUCGCCAUCACAAGGUUGGUGGAGGCGCUCAAGCUGCAGGAGGAGCUGAAGCGCCCCGUGAAGGCCUUAUCAGAGGGAAUCAAGAGAAAGCUGUGCUUCGCGCUGAGCAUCCUGGGAAACCCAUCGGUGGUGCUGCUGGACGAGCCGUCCACGGGCAUGGACCCCGCGGGGCAGCAGCAGAUGUGGCAGGCCAUCCGGGCCACCUUUAGAAACACGGAGAGGGGCGCCCUCCUGACCACCCAUUACAUGGCGGAGGCAGAGGCCGUGUGUGACCGUGUGGCCAUCAUGGUGUCCGGAAGGCUGAGAUGUAUCGGUUCCAUCCAGCACCUGAAGAGCAAAUUUGGCAAGGAUUACCUGCUGGAGAUGAAGGUGAAGACCCUCGCCCAUUUGGAGCCCCUUCACAGCGAAAUCCUGAGGCUUUUCCCCCAGGCUGCUCGGCAGGAAAGGUACUCCUCCCUGAUGGUCUAUAAGUUGCCUGUUGAGGAUGUGAGACCUUUAUCGCAGGCUUUCUUCAAAUUAGAGAUCGUUAAACAGAGCUUCGACCUGGAGGAGUACAGCCUGUCACAGUCCACCCUGGAGCAGGUCUUCCUGGAGCUCUCCAAGGAGCAGGAGCUGCAGGACUUCGAUGAGGAAGUUGAUCUCUCUGUGAGGUGGAAGCUCCUCCAGCAGGAAGAGCCCUAAAGGCUCUUUAUUGUUCUUUAGGCCUGUGACUCUUUUUCAGUUAAUAUUUUAUAGCAUUAUCAUACCUUAUCGCAGACACGGACAGGGUACUUUUGAAACGAAUGUCAUGACUUUUUCUCAAUAAUAUCACCUACGGUGGGACUAAAGAAGCCAGGCCAUACAGCCUCUGGACCAGCAGCCAAAUUUCACAUUUCAUGCAGUAGCAAACACAAAUAAUACAUUUAUUAUAGAAUUGUUUAUGUUUAUGAGGAUGAUGCAGGGAUUGCUUAUUUUCUUUCUCUGAACUUGAAAAUAUAGGAUAUUUUCUUAUCUUUUUUAUUAUAAUAGAAAGUAAGAUGAUGCUAAUUAUGGGGGAAAGGGAGUCAGUUGAUUACAUGACAGCAUAGUCUAUCUUUGCUUUUUGUAAUUCACUUUUUUUUUUUUUACUUAAUUCACUGGUUUUCCUUUGCUGGCAAUUUUAGGAUUUUACAUUUUAGAGUCUGUGUUUUGCCUAUUGUAACUAAUAAGGAAAUUUGAAAACUGUUAAAAUAAAUAAUUGCAGUAAGACAAGUUGAUGAAAAAAUACAUACGUUUACAUACAAUUUUGAAACAUAUUUUUGAUUUUAUGUUGUCUUAUGAUGCCAGGAUGCAAAACACUAGAACUUUAUAGAUCUUAAUUUCCCAUGUCUGUACAUGUUGUGAUUUAUUCAACUGGUAAUACUAUAAACACCUUAAAAUUAACACAAUAUACUGUACACUCAUACUUAGAUGAGUUUUUAUUGUUGUUGUUACUUUCAUUGUUACAUAAGUCACUGAGUUUAUGGUAAUUUGUUAUGCAGCAAUUAAAGUCUAAUGCAUUUUAUAAAUAAAAUCAUAU